CGCGGAGAACGAUUGGUCUUCCUCCAUGUCAGACUGUGCUGGAUGCUCCUGCUGUCGCCGUGCAGCUGCACCGAAUCUGGAUGGGCCUCGAAGUACCUGCUGCGUACUCUUCAACGAUCUCACCCUGAACUACACGGUGACCUCCAACUUGACCCGUUGUGCGCCGAAGGCUAUCAUGGAGAUACCGCAGGAGGAACGCCUUCAGGAGAGAUCGACCAGGGUUGGCGACCGGUCCCUCUCGAUCGACCGGGUCGGCGACCGGUCAAGAUCUCAAGGGUUCGGAGGCGUCGACGGAGAAGGGGUGUUCGGAGGCGAUCUCCGAGUCUUCAGAUCGCA